AUGAGAAAAGAUGUUUUUAAAGUAUAUCGUGUUUUUCUGAGUACUAACAGAAAUGAAAAAUUUAAUUAUUUAAAAAAGUUAUCAUAUAAUUUUUAUAAGAAGAGUCAAAAUAUGUAUGAGAAAAAUUAUGAAGAAGCUAUACUUAUAAAUGAAAAUAUUAGUAAAUUAUUUAAAGAAAAAAUAUAUAAUAACCAAAGUUAUAUUUUAAUUUUAAAAGGUUUAAUGAAUAUAUUGUUAAAAAUGAAUGAAGAAAAAAAAAAAAAAGUUUUAAAAAAUAUGAUAAAUUCUUUUAUAUUAUUUUUUAAAGAUUAUGUAAAUUUAAUGAAUGAGCAAGAUGUAACUUUGUUAUUAGAUAUCAAAGGAAAAUGUAAUAUUAAUAAUAAAAAAAUAAAUGAGUUAAUAGUUAUAAGAUUAGAUAAAAAUAGUAAAAAUACUUUAUUUUAUAAUUUAAAUAGUAAGAGUGUAUGCAUAAUUUUAAAUAAUUUAUAUAAAUUGAACACAUCAAAUGAAAAAAGUAUUGUUGAUGAUAUAUAUGAUUUUUAUAUUUUUAACAAAUAUUUUAAUUACACACUGAAGCAGUUAAUAAUUAUAUUACAUUCUCUAUAUAGGUAUGGCUAUGAAAAAAAUAAGAUUGUAGAUUUUUUAAAUUAUGUUUCCAAACAAAUUUUAAAAAUAAAGGAGAAUAAUUACAAUAGAGCAAGUGAUAUAACGACUAAGUAUAUUUCUUUUAAAAAUAAUUGUAUUGAAAAAGAAUUUCAUGAAGGUGAAAAGAAAAAUAUAGGAAGUAAAAGAUUUAUUAAAGUGAAUAAUUAUAAAAAUGAAACAAUAAUUGAAAAUAAGAGGGUAGAUAAAAAGGGAAAUAAUUUGAAUGAAGUAAAUAGUCAUAUUAUUAAUGAGAAAAAUAAUAUAGAAAAUUUUAUGAAUAAAAAUAAAAAUGUAACGAAUAUAUAUACUACUAAUAACAAUCUUAGUAAUAGAAAAUUUUUUUUAUUUGAUAAAAGAGAUAAAUAUGAAUUAAUUUUUUUUUAUACACUUAGUUGCUAUAAUUACUGUCAUAAUUCUAUUAUAAAUAUAUUAUUAAAUGAAAUAAAAGAUAAAAUUUUUUUUUUAUACAAGGAAAAAGAAAUUUGUAUGUUUUUAAAUGGUGUUAGUAACUUUUUGGUUUUAAAAAAAACAAAGAAUUUCGAAAAACACUGUUUAAAUGAAGAAGAAAGUGUAAGUAAGGAUAAUAUAAAGAUAGCAUAUAAUAUAAUUAAUUAUCUUAUAAGAAAUAUAGAUACACUUGUUAAAAAUUAUUCCUAUUUUAGUAUAAUUUCUAUUUAUAUAUUUUUAUCAAAAUUAGAUUACUUUUAUAAAUAUAGAAAUAAAGAAAAUUUUUUUUUAAAGCAUUUAUUUUUCAAUGCAAAAAAAAAAAAAAUAGAAAAAAUAUUUUGCGAAAAACAAGAUUUAAAUAUUAAAAAUUUAAUUAAUUUGUUAUUUUCUUUAACAUUAAAUAAUAGUAGACAGUAUAAUUUGUAUUGUAUUCUUUUAGAGCAGCUUCAUUUUUUAUUAAAAGAUCAUUUUUAUUCAAAAGAAAAAUCAUUAUAUUUAAAUGAAAACAAGGAUGAAUUAAAUAAAUUUGUUAAUUUCUUAUCAAUUCAAAAUAUUCAGUUAUUAUGUAUUAUAUAUACUUAUUUAUAUGUAUAUAAUAUAUUAUUUAAAUUAGGUAUAAAAAAUCUCCAUUUUUUUUUAUUUUUUAUAAAUAAUUAUAAUUAUUUAUAUUCAAUUUACUUAAGUCAACAUAUAACUUCAAAAAUUCACAAAGAAAUUAACACAACUAUUUUUUCAAUAAAGAAAAAAAAAAAAAAUCUUAAUUUUCUUUUAACUAAUGAAUGCUUUAUAUUUCCUUAUUAUAUUGAUAUUUACUUAAAAAAAAUUUAA